AUGGGAAACAGCGAAUCGAGCACCGACGUGUCCAACAAUAACGUUUCCAAAACCGGUCCGAAACGGACCGUCUCGCAGAGUCCGACGGCGACGAGAAGUGCGAGUGUGCGGAGGCCGCCGACCGGCAUUCCGGUCGAGGGAGGAGGCAUCCGACGGUCGCGCACCACUCGGCACAAGGAUCGCAACACUCUGAGACGGGCGGUUUGUCCGGUCACCGGGCUGACGUUGCAUCAGAAGGCGUUGUUGGCGAGGAAGUGGAAUCGGAUGGAUAGAGGUUGGUUGUGGAACCGCGGGGGGUCUAAAUUUUCUCCGCGCUCCCAGCAUACCUCUGAAACUUUUUCGCAAACUUUCCCACUAAAAAAAGUAAAAACUACUUCUUACAAUUAGUGAGCGAACGCGCUCCUCUUUUAGUUUUGAGAUUACAGUGCAGUAGAGCGCAUUUGCUUCUUCUCUUCUGCGCCGGUCGCUGACGUCAAUCGGAGGGGCCACUUCUUCUUUUUCCUCCCGUUUUUGCGAUAAAAGAGUGGACUCCUCCGAAACGGCUCUCUACUUUCGCCAAAAGAAGAUGGUAAUUGAAUUCGUUUCUUUUCGUGCGGCCAUCUCUCGGGCGGCGGCGGCACACGCGCGAACUUCUGCGACCGUCGGAAACAUUUGUCGAUCUCCGGGGACACCAUUUACUUGCGCGCGUCACCACUGACACUCCUCCUCGUUUCAGGCACAGUCUACGAGAUGGGACGACGGAUGUUCGAGCACGUGUUCACCGAGAAUCCACAAUAUUUGGCGUACAUUGACCUGAAGAAUGAGGUCAACUGGUGGAACCACAUCAACUUCAAGAUUCACGUUCAAGUUUGUCGCUGAGGCGCACUUGCUGACGAGCAUUUCGUUUUCAGCGCUUCGUCACGGUGCUUAUCGAAACGAUGCGUCGGCUCAAAGAACCCUCCACUUCAAUCGAUAUUCUCCGCGAUUUCGGCGCCAUUUACGCCAAGUACGUCGUUUUCGUUCUCGUUUUCGGCUUCAUUUCAUCUCCCACCGGAGAGACUCUCGGCGCCGACGGAAGUGCGCAUAAAUCUGAAAAGAUUUACGAUUUAGCGCAAGGUCCAAAAACUUAUUUCCUUUUCUUUCAGAUUUCCGAAGCGAGUGUCGGCGCUCUACUUCGAAAGGCUCGCGAAUAGCAUGAAUGAGGCGGCGGGCCAGUUGCAGGAGAGCGAUCAUUUGGAAGUGGAGGUGAGAUAACCGAGUUCGGAACAGCGCGCGCUCAAAGUUGCGGCCUUGGCCUAGGAAAAUCAUCGGCCAUGUCGGCUGUUCCAGAUUUUCCGCGUUCGGUACAAUCUUCAGACAUAUUGGAAGGCCGUCAAAUAGAGUUUCCUAGGCCACAACGUUAACUGCGCGCUGAUCGCUUCCGCACAGAACAUCGUGGCCUGGUCCGGAGGCCGCGGAGAGACAGAGUUUUCAAUUCAUUGUGUUUCAGAAGACGCAAAGUCGGAUGGAGGAGGUGACGGACUCGUCGAGCACUGAUAACACUUCGAACAUGUGCACAUCUUGCACGUCCCUCUCGCAAAGCUCCGGUGUCCAGCGAUAUCCGCGACCGUUGACGUCAAGACACUCGGAAUCACAAAUGCAGACGCUCAAAGAGGAGUCGUCGUUCUGCUCGAGUUGUGUGAACAGUCGACGGUGCUCUCGUCAGUUUUAUUCUCACUUGGAUUCGUAUCUUCGAACUUUGAAACCUUGCAGACGAAGUAGACGGGGUCAAGUCGAUGUGCCCGAUAACCGCAGAAGCGUGGCUGGUGCUCUCCGCGUUUAUCGCGAAUCAAAUCAAAUUCGGUUACGAGCUCGAGAAGCUCUUGAUAAAUGAGAUGAGCAAACUGGGCAUCGACACACUUCCGUGUCAAAUCGGAGAGCCCACCGACGGCGAUUCGGAGGCUCCGCCGACGGCGGAUCAUCAUCACGCGCAUCACAAAUCGACGACGGCGUCCGCCCGAUUCUCGCACGAACAACAAUCUCAAUUUGUCUAG